AUGCACAGCAGCAACACCGGAAUCCAAAUGGCAACGCGAAAAAGAAACGAGUGGCUUGAAGCUGAGGAAAGCGAUGACGAUGAGCGAGGCUACGAUUCUGAAGAAGAGAGCAGAUCGCAUAUCCUGCGAUCGUCGAAACGCCGGAAAACCGCCCACCAAUCUGCAGAAGAGGACGAAGACGGACAAGAGGAGCAGGCCCAGAGCGACGAAGGCAUAGAAAAUAGCGGCAACACCCUCAAAUGCCUCAAAGACCAAGAAGUUCCUACUUCCACAACAUCAAAUCCCAAUGCCUCCAAAACCACACCGAAACCUGCAAAGCCAGUCAAACCCAAGAAAGACCGCUCUGGGGUAAUCUACCUCUCCCGUGUCCCACCAUUUAUGAAACCCUCCGUCCUACGCUCUCUUCUAGAACCCUAUGGCGCUAUAAACCGCAUCUUCCUCCAACAAGAAUCCUCGACAUUACGCACCUCACGCCUUAAAUCCGGGGGGAAUCGUCGCAAGCUAUACCUUGACGGCUGGGUUGAAUUCUUGUCCAAGAAGGACGCCAAGUUCGUCAGUGAAAGUUUGAACGCGCAGAUCAUUGGUGGCAAGAAGAGAGGGAGGUGGCAUGAUGAAGUGUGGAAUAUCAAGUAUCUGCAUAAAUUGAAGUGGCACCAUCUCGUCGAACGACUUCAGAAUGAGAAUGCGGAGAGGACAGCUAGGAUGCGAGCAGAGAUUGCGCAGAAUACGAAGGAGAAUAAGAUGUUUUUGGAGAAUCUGGAGAGAAGUAAGAUGUUGCAAGGGAUGGAGAGCAAGCAGAAGAGUAAGAAGGCAUUUGAGAAUGCCGGAGAAGACGGCACAGGAGAGGGUAAAGUGAUACAGAGUAGGGAGGUUGACAAAGUGCCAAGGCGGACAUUCAAACAGAAUGAGGUUAAAUUGAAGGGCGAGAAAGAGGUGGAGAAUGCAGACGAGAACCAUAUCAUGCAACCCAUUAAUCCUUCAUCUUGA